AUGAAGUAUAAAGCCAGACAACAAUGCAAUGAAAAAGACAAGUGUGUCAAACGAAGCACGAGGAAGGACAAACGGAGCUCGCUUGACAAACUAGCAAGCGAGGCAGAAACAGCAAGGAAUGUACUAGAACAGGUCAUAGAAUGGAUCUCCGAUCUAUACACUUAUUUUAUAGAUUUUGAAAAGGUCUUUGACAGCGUUCACCGAGACACACUAUGGAAGACCAUGAAACACUACGGCAUAUUAGACAAAUGCAUCAGAUUGGUUCGAUGUUUAUAUGAUAACAGUGAGUGUGCGGUCAUCACUGGAAGUGGAACAUCAGAGUGGUUUAAGAUCAAAUCUUUAGUGAAACAAGGAUGCAAUAAGUCGGGAUUCUUUUCCUUACUAGUCAUUGACUGGAUUAUAAAGAAAGCAUCAACUGAUGACACAACAGGCAUACUAUGGAACGUGACAUCAAAACUACACGAUAUCGACUAUGCCGAUGACAUUGCACUACUUACAAGUUCCAGAGAGCAAAUGCAGACAAAAGUGAACAAUCUAGUCAGGCUUGCCAAAUCAACCGGCCUCAACAUCAACGCCAUAAAGACCAAAGUUAUGAUAAUUAAUGCCAACAACACCCAGGCUAUUACAGCAACAGGAGAAGAGAUGGAGGAUGUCACUAAUUUCAUCUACCUCGGAGGCACCAUUAACACCAAAGGAGGUAAACCACAGAAUGCAUCAGGAGGAGAAUACUAA